GACCAAUUUUACUCAAAUUCCAAGCAAUAGCGAUACCAAACUGUGUUUCCGUAAUUUUCGAAUAUUCUUUUGCCUUUCACAGGCCUGUUUAAUUUCGUAGUUUAAUUAAUAGUAGUAACCGCGCAGCACAACAGUCCUCUUCCCUGCCACCAUUUCUUUCCUUUCUCCCCUCUUGCUGUCUUUGCGUCCCCCAUCGAAAAUUUAAUUUCGAUCUUUAACUAUCUCAGUUCCACAUCCUAAGCCUUUCUCACACCGCCUGUUGUUUCUUUGAUCCGGGCCUUCAUUUUAUUUUUAUUUUUUGAAUCAGAUCAUCAUUCUCGCUCGUAAUUUGAUCAAGACUCCCUCUUUUUGCUUCCGCUGCUAUCGAAAUUCGAACCAUUCGUGCAAGCAGACACUCAUCUAAUUGCCGAUUAUUCGUUUCUUUCUCGAUUGUAAAGUUUUUAUUCUUCGUAUGAUUGAGGAUAUGCUGGUGGUGGUGGCUGUGGUUUCAUCUAAGUCUGCUUCAUAUGAUAGAUACAUUCUCGUUGGCUUGGGUUGGGUUCUUGAAGCUAACUUUGUUAGCUGAAACUGAAGCUCUACAGGGAAUUAAAAAAACUCCCUUUCAAUUGUUGUUUGUGGCUGUCGGUGUUUGUUGCUGUGGAGAAUACAAUUGGGCAGUCCGAAUAAUUGAGUGAGUUGAAAAAUGGGUAGAGUGAGAGGAAAAGGGAAGAGGCAGCCACCUGUAGCAGUAGUAGCCAUUGCUGCUGAUGAUGACACUGACAGUGCUGUAAAUGUAAUGGGCGAGGAUGAGAAGCGAAUGGCGAAGAGACGAGGGAGGCCGCAGAAGCCGUGUAAGGAUGAUGGUGAUGAAGAAGGAGAAGGAGAAGAUGAAGUUGCAAAGACUAAAGAGAAGAAGGAAUCCGAGGAGGAGAUUGGAAGCAAAAGUGGCAAGAGCCAGGGUGGCGCAGAGAAUGGGAGGAAGAGGAAGAGGCAGAGGCAGUCCCAGGUAAAGGAAAAUGUUGAUCCUGAGGAGGAGGAGAUUGAGACUGGUGUGGAAACAAGAAAUGAGUCUGUAGAGUUGAUGACGAGCGUUGGGUACAGACAAAAUGGAAGCAGAAGAAAAAAUAAGCCAAGACGAGCUGCGGAAGUUGGCGUCGAGUGCAAGUGAGUAAUAAGGUGAGAGAGAGAGAGAGAGAGAGAGAGUGAUUGUUGCUGUCUGCCUGUCUGUCUUUCCUUCCUUCCUUGGCAUGGUUUUGGAAAUAAAACUCUCAUCUCAUGUUAUGUAUUGUGAUUGGGGAUCGUUGAA